AUGCUUUCGAAUACCAGGAGAGCAUCUCAACCUAGAUCCGGACUGCGUCCUCCGUUUCUUACGAUAGAGCUCGUGUCGAAGGACACUACGAAUGUGUUUGCCGUGCAAAUCCACCCACAACACCAAUCUAUACUCCAAUCAACUUCUGGCAAACUACCGAUGGUGGCGGUCAAGCGGUUCGUCCCAAAGGACACUGAUCUCUUCCAUCAAGAAAGGGAGGUGCUUGUCGCCCUCCGCACACUCCACCACCCGAGAGUCGCCGAACUUUUAGCCACAAAGAUUAGCGGCCUCGCCGAUGCCCCGUUCCACAUCCACAAUAAAGGGGCACAUCUAUCAUCAGCGGGCAUUGGAGAUAUACCUUACCAGUGGGCUUGUCACAGAGAUAUCCGCCCAGAGCAUAUCCUCCUUCUGGCCGAUUUUGGCUUCAGCUCAUUUUGUCGCGACAGCUCGAACACGGGAGCUAUAUCCCGUCCUCCAGGGACCCGCACAUACGUGUCGCCUGAAACUAGGCUUCGUCGUGAAGUUGGUAUCAAAGACGACACCUGGUGUUUUGGUUGUUUUAUAUUGGAACGCUUAAUCUGGCUGUAUAUGGGCCUGUCUGAGGUUGAUCAAUUUGCCGAUGAUCGCGCCAUUGCAACUCCUGGAUCUAACUUACCACUGCAGGAUGAUCACUUCGUUACGCUCCAAUAUGGUCGUAAUUCUGCGUCUGUUGUUGCAGUCGUCAGGAGCACUGUGUCAGAGUACGUAUCCCGGCUUUAUCGCAACCCACUGUGCGCAGAGGUGACGAUAGCUGUGCUUAAUGUCGUGAGGGACGAAAUGCUGGUUGUCGACGUUGAUCGUAGGUGUGACUCCAUGCGGUUAGUUUCGAGGUUUAGAACUAUUGAGAAGAUGCUUUCAUUAUGA